CCAUAACUGCAUACUAAAGGUCUCAUCUCAACCUUCACUGAAUUACCACCCAACAAACCAUGCUACCCACUCAAUCCAUCUUCCGCGCUACUGCUUCUCUCAGGCCUGUCCUCCGUACUCCCGCUUAUAACGCUCCGGUCUUUCUCCGCGCUGCUCUCCCACGUUCGAACCAAUUGCAACAAGGGGAAUUGUUACGUCUCGCUCAGAGGAGAUGGAAUACGGAAGAUGCCAGAGGGGGUAAGAGCAAGCUUGUCUUUCGUUUCAAUAUCAAAGAUAUCCCUGUCGAACUUUACCCAAUUUUCUUCGUAGUAGCUGCUGCGUUGGUCGGAGCUACCGUAGCCAUGGGUAAACAUCUUUACGUCGAUGGACUACGCACUGGUCCCUCUGGACAUAAAAAUGAAUAAAGGAGUGAUAUUAUCCGAGGUAGAGGAAAAAAAGAUGUAGGAUGAACAGGAAUGCAAUUCUUUCAACGG